GCGGAGCAGUUGCAGCCGGGUCGGGGUGUGAGCGGGCGGUGGAGCCAGCAGUCAGUGAAUCAGUCAGCUCGGUGAUCGCCACUCGGACCGGGAGCACAGGAAAUGGCUUACUACCAGCGGCCCCCGGUGGCCUCCGACCAGUCCUUCCUGUGGAACGUCUUCCAAAGAGUGGACAGGGACAGAAGUGGGGUUAUAUCUGAUACAGAACUCCAGCAAGCCUUGUCAAAUGGUACCUGGACACCCUUUAAUCCAACAACUGUGCGCUCCAUAAUCUCCAUGUUUGACCGAGAAAAUAAGGGUGGUGUGAGCUUCAAUGAGUUUUCUGGGGUUUGGAAGUACAUAACAGACUGGCAGACCAUCUUUCGAAACUACGACAGAGACAAUUCAGGGAUGAUCGACAAAAACGAACUAAAGCAGGCGCUAACAGGUUUUGGCUAUCGUCUAACAGAUCAGUUCUAUGAUGUUCUCAUUCGCAAAUUCGACAGACAAAGAAGGGGACAAGUUGCUUUUGAUGACUUCAUUCAGUGCUGUAUUGUUUUACAGAGACUGACUGAUGUCUUCCGGAGAUAUGACACAGACCAGGAUGGCUGGAUCCAAGUAUCUUAUGAACAAUAUCUUUCUAUGGUCUUCAGCAUUGUAUGAUGCCAUACCAGUAGAGACUAGAAUUGCCAAAAUCCCAUAUUUUCUUACUAUACUUGAGUAUUGUACUGUAAUGUACAAACCGCUUCAUUUUUUUUAAUAGUUCAUCGUAAGCAAAAUUGUUAUUGUAUAUGAGGAAAACCUUAUUUUUACCUUGUAUUAACAUGAAAUAUAACUUAGCCAUAUUUUUAUUUACAUCGUUACUAUGCCAUUAUUAUGUGCCAGGGGAAAAAAAAGUAUAGUUUUGUAGGGAUUUUCCAUGGCCUAACCUCUUUUUUUUUUUUUUUUUCCUUUUCUUUCUUUCCUUCAUUUUAAAUAUACAGUGCCACUUAAUUUUCUUUCUUUGGCCAAAAUAAAAUUCAUAGGAUAUUUUACAUGCUUCAAUGCAUGAUGCUGCACGUUUAUGUACAAUAUUAAUAUUAUGGCUAAUCAUAACAAGCUCACUCACAUUGAAUUCCGUAGAAAUAUAUGUAGAAUUGUUGUCUUUUAAACAAGUGCCAGAGUGUCUUUAAAUAACAUGCAAUUCAUGCUAUCCCGCCCCUUUAACUGAGAUAUCUCAUUGCUGGUUCUUAGUAGAAGUUCACAGUUUCAGGCUCUAACAACUGGGUACACUAGAAAUGUUGUUGCACAAUUGGGAAAACUUCUAGCAUGUUAUAUAUUGACACAACGCUGUAUGAGCACAACUGCUUGUUUUCCAGUACAGUCCUUGUUUAUACGUAUGAUGCCAAAUUCAUUGAGGCUGAGCACAUCUGUCUGAUAAACAUCCAAUAUGUAAUGAUAAAGUUUCCAUUAACAUAUGCUAUUUUGUUCACCAUAUUUCAGGUACUGAUGAGCAUCUAGAUGUUAAGUCAGCAGAGAAGAUUUAAAUAAAAUAAAAUAAAAAUACACUCCAAAAAGGUAGAAGCCAUCAGUUAUAACUUUAUUAAGUCAUUGCCAUUCUAAGGGUUCUGUUACAGAGUAUGUGCAGCCAGUGGUUAGAUUUACCAUAGGACUGAUUGAGAUAUAUAUAUAAAUAUAUAUAUAUAGGCUCUAGAUGGGAAAGGGGUUUCCUUAGUAGCCUGUCUUACUAUUCAGUAAACCUGUUCUUAUACAAGUUCAUGUUUUCAUAAGGCAUGCAUGUCAUAUGACUGCCCUGAACUCUGUUUGCAUCCAAUAUAUUUUAUAAUGGGGACUACUUUUUCUGAUGGAGGUUGUUUAUUACUACAGCACAACUUUUGAAUCUGAGUCUUAAAUGCUUUUCCACCUUGUCGACGGACCUUUAUUUCUCUGGAAGCAGCAUGCAGUGCUGGCUUAUUAAAAAGUCAUGAUAGCAAACUGUCAUAAUUCCAUGUAAAAUAUAGUUGCAUUUCAGGGAAUACGAGCAUGGAAGCAUGUUUUAUGUCUCUAAAAUUCUCUCCGAGAUCAAACUGUGAUUUGAAUAAACCAAAUACAUUUUAUGCAAAUGUUAAUAAAAAAAAUAGUUAUUAAAUGUGUACUGCUUAUCUAAUGUAACAUUACACCAACAAUGUUGCACAAUAUGUAAGAUGUUUUGAAAAGUACUUUGACAUUAUCUGUACAGGUUCCAUUUUAUUAAAUCCUAUCACAAUAAAACCCAUUAUUGCACAUUUA